GUAUUCCGAAUUGUUCUCGCUAAUAUUUGCGUCGUAGAUGCCGCACCGUAGUCUAUGACCAGCAUUUUCCAUCGACCGUCACAGGCGGUAAUAUUUCCGAGAGCUCUGAAGGUGCCACUGGGUGGGUCUUCACACUGAUGAAACAAGGCGUUUCCCGACUGUUCCGUCUGGUCUUUCGUGGGUACGAGCGUGUGCAGAACAAAGGCUCCACCGCUCGAGACCAUCUUGCCAAUGAGCGCACCUACCUCGCCUGGACGCGGACCUCUCUUGGCCUCAUCGCACUAGGCAUUGGCGUGGAACGUUUCGAAAGGCUCCGCGCUGAUAUGCAGACGCAACUAGCGCCUGUCUCCCCGGAAGCCCAGACUGCACAGGAGCAGUUAGUCAAGCAUGGACGACAGCUCGCAGGGACGCUCGUCGGCACAGGCGUGCUGACCAUGGUUAUGGGCACGUGGAGGUACUACAUGACUUUGCAUGAUUUGCAGCAUGGCAUGUUCCGCCCUAACGUACAAGCAGUGGCUCUUGUCGCACUCGGUUGUGCGUGUGUCACAGCGGCUGUGGUCAGAAGUGAGUCAAGAGGCGAAAAGUCAAACGCCGGGUCAUAGCCACAUCGAAGGCAAUUUUUCAUUGUCAUACGGCGGUAUAUCGCUCGGGCAAGGACGCUCAAUUGUUUCUAUCAGAUGCAUCUCGACAUUUGUGCCUCUCUCUAGAAUGCAAAGCGUGAUUUUAUAUGGUUUGGUGUUAUGUGGUACCGAUUCACUCGGCCUCAGCCACUCUACGGCAUUCAGCGCAGGUAAGAUCCGACAUUGGUCCAAUCUAAUGAUCCUAUCGAUGCAUAUUCUGCGCUGUAACCUGAAAGCACU